AUGGUGGAUGUGCUGGAUGAGUGGAACACAAACAUUCUCAAACAACAAGUUGAGAAGCAAGAAAGAGAAGGUGAUCCAAAUGCUCAUGUUACAAAGAAGGUACGUUUCUCUAGUUUCCCCCGUUUCUUUUGUGUUGGCAAAGUCAGUGACAUUGCUCCGAAAAUAAAAGAUCUGAAUGAUAAGUUAACUGAGAUUUAUGAGGAAAGAAAAAAGUACCAGUUUCUAAGCAAAGAAUUAGGCAUUCAACAACCUCAACAACCUCAACGACCUCAAACUGCAUCUUUUGUCGAUAUAUCUGGGAUAUUUGGUCGAGAAAAUGAAAAAGAGGUUUUGAUAAAACACUUGUUGAGUGAUAGUACUGCGGAAGGGAAGGGGCUCCCUAUCAUCCCUAUUGUCGGGAUGGGAGGCAUGGGAAAAACAACUUUAACCCAACUAGCCUAUAAUGAUGACCGAGUCAAAACCCAUUUUGAGUUGAGGAAAUGGGUUUGUGUUUCAGACCCUUUUGAUGAGAUUAAGAUUGCCAAAGCCAUUAUUGGUAAAAACGCCCCAAAUUCAAAUGAGUUGGAUGAGGUCUUGGAAUGUAUGUCUACAUCCAUCCAGGGCAAAAGGUUUCUCCUUGUCCUGGAUGAUGUAUGGACCGAUGAUCCUAAAAAGUGGGAACAAUUAAAGGUACCAUUAAUCCAAAAUGGUGCUAAAGGCAACAGAAUAUUGGUGACCACAAGAAAACAUGAGGUUGCUGACAUGAUGAGAGCAACAAGAAACAAGAUCAAUCUGGGAGAGUUGAAUGAUGAAUGUUGUUUGUCAAUCUUCAAUCACAUGGCCUUUUGGGAUAGGGAUGUACAUGAGUUUGGAGAUAUUAGUAAGGAAAUUGUAAAGAAGUGUAAAGGUUUGCCUCUUGCUGCAAAGACUUUGGGUAGUCUCAUGCAGAAUAAGACAAAAAUUGGAGAAUGGAAAGAAGUUUUGCAUAGUAAGAUAUGGGAUCUAGAGAAGGUCGAGCAAGAAGUUUUCCAACCCCUAUUCCUAAGUUAUAAUGAUUUGGCCCCAACAAUUAAAUGUUGCCUUUUAUAUUGUGCUACUUUUCUAAAAGAUCACAAGUUUGAACGAGAUGAUUUGAUUAAACUUUGGAUGGCACAAGACUACGUUAUUUCGAAAGGGAAUAAAGAAAAGGGAACAACGGGUGAUGCAGUUUUUGACAACUUAGUGGCACGGUCAUUUUUCCAAGAUUUUGAGAAAGAUCCUGACACCGGUACCAUUAUAGGUUGCAAAAUGCAUGAUAUUGUGCAUGACUUUGUACAAUUUCUCACCAAGAAUGAGUGUUUGAUUAUCGAUCAUGGUGAGGAAAUUACCAGUGAAUCAAAGGUAUUUGGUGAUAAGGUUCGUCAUUUAACCUUGAGAUAUAUUCCUGAAGGUCCACUUCCACUUUUUAUCUCAUCUUACAAUUGCAAAAAUCUUCGCACGCUCGCAACUUUUGAUUCAAGAAUUACUACCAUAGACCCAAAUUUAAUUUUACAAUUGAAAUGUCUUAGGACAUUAAAUUUGAAUCGUAAUUCCAUCGAAGAACUCCCGAAGCAGAUUGGUGAAUUGAUACAUUUGAGGCAUAUUGAUUUGUCUUCCAAUCAUAUACUGAAGAAAUUACCAGACACUAUUUGUGGUUUGUACAAUUUGUCAACCUUGCGCCUUGUGCUCUGCUCUAACCUUACAAAACUGCCUGAAAACAUGGGAAACUUGAUUAACUUAAAGCAUCUUUAUGUUGAGUAUUGUGGUCUUCUGGAGUCGUUCCCCAAAGUGAUAGGGAGAUUAACAAGUUUGCAAACACUAGAUGUGUGUUCGUGUAAUGGCGACAAAGAUGAAGCAUUCCAAAUUGGGGAUCUGAGAAACUUGAACCUUGAGGGAAGUCUGGAAAUACAACUUGGGGGGGAUGCGACAGAUAAGAGCGAGGUUGAGAAAGCACAAUUGUGGGACAAAAAGCUAUUUAAUCUCACUGUGACAAAUUGA